CCCCGCCUACUUUUUUGUGCUGAAUCAGCUACGACCUUUCCACCCCCCUGUGAGUUCGGCCAGCAUGCUAGAGCCGCUCCUGCGUCGUGCUAGAGUGUACGCAAAGAGAAGUAGGUUUCUUCGGUUCGGUCUCCCUUUUCUCUCCUUCAUGGUGCUGGGAUCGUUUGGUCUCGCCGAGUUCACUGAUAUCAGGGUGAAGAAACGCGACGAGAAGACACACAUGUUGACAGCAGAAGAGACCCUACAGUUCCAGAAGAAGGUGAAGGUGGUGGAUGUGGAGGAGGAGCUGGAGAAGACGCUAAAGGAGCUGGACAUUGAGCACUGGGUCAACAAGAGGGUCCCCAGACCCCCUGGCUGGGAGGACUGA